CCUCGACAAUCUACAUACUACUCGCCUUCUAGACAGCAUGAUCGAGACAUGAGUUGAGAUAGACAAGAAUCUACUGUUCUAACACACACUCAUACCCAGCCAAAAGUCCUAUCGACGACCAAGAUCCUCCACUGAUCCAUAUCCAUCCAUCCCUUGCCGUAUCUCCUCCCUUGUUCAGGCGACCGUCAAUCUACUUGAGACAGAGCAUCCAGCGAUAAACAACAAUACACAAGCAAGACCAUUCUCCGAUUGCCUACUAACAAUGUCGAAUCCAUCACAACUCCUCCUCCUCGCCGACCACAUCAAACUAUCUCUCCUGGAACGACAAAGAGCCAUCUCUCUUAACCUCGACCCUAAUCCCUCUACCGACUCCAACAUCUCUCGCUCGCUCGAGUCAUUCCGCGAAGGGAUCGAAUCCCUAUCGACACGAUCCUCCGAUACCGAGCAACUAGCCCAGCUGCGCAACCAAUAUAGUCAAUUAUCGUCACAAUUCCAAGGCCCCGAAUCAUCUGAUACGACUGGGUCAUCGACCCUAACCUCCCCCAACGACCCACUUCUCGCAGACGAUUUUGCUCGAGCACAAACACGGAAAUCAGGCGAGACGGGGCGGGGAUCAUCUACUACAAAUAAUAAACAAACAACAACGACAACACCGGCGAGAUCGAAGAAUGUACGGUUUAGAGAUAACCCUAGCCAGGAAUCGCUCGGGUCGCAAGAGGAUGCAGAGGAUACAGCGAACCGGGCGGCAUUGUUCCCGGCGAAAUAUAGCGAUGACGCGGAAGGUGGAGGAAGAGGAGGCACGGCGACACCAGAUCCAACGGCGGAAAUGACAAAUCAACAAAUUCACAUGUAUCAUGACCAGAUCAUGUCGGAGCAGGAUUCGCAAUUGGAUCGAUUGGGUGAAAGUAUUGGACGACAAAGACAUCUGGCUAUGCAGGUCGGCGAUGAACUCGAAGGUCAGAUCGCCUUGUUGGAUGAGGUGGAUCGUGGUGUGGACCGUCAUCAGACUCGUUUGGACGGUGCGAAGAGACGGUUGGUCGGGGUCGGGAGGAAGGCAAGUCAGAACUGGGGAAUGACUACUAUUGUCGUCCUUAUUGUCAUUCUGGUCUUGUUGAUCAUUGUCCUCAAGUGAAGGAUCGAUUGUGCCGAUUUCGGCAUUUGGGCACCUUGAGGAGUUUGAUGGGAGCGAGUUUGGGCCUUUUUGGUUGUAGUUUCUGGGAGAAUUGUGAGAAGUGUUGCGAUGCCGCAUAUGGCUGGCGUCGAGUUGGGCCUGAAAAGAUCGUGCGUUAAUGAAUGUGGACUGCUUGCACGAUCUAAGCCCCUUUUGAAAAGCGAGUCAAGGUUGAAGUGAGGUGAGAAUGAGGAAUGCCAGCUCCUGGCUUGAUUCAUCACGUCGUGUUCCUCGCACAUGAUCUAUAUUGAGAGGAGGGUGUGUCUCGGAGGCAGCGGAAUCUACAUCUAUCAGGAUAUGGAAUCGCAAGCGAAUAUGAAUGACGAGUCUAUUCUGGAAAUGGCAGAAUAGAUAUGCAUCUCACACGAAUCUUC